AUGGAAAACCUGCAGCAUUCUGACCCUCUGGGGUAUCCUACACCUCCUGUCUCGCUCGACGAUGCCGACAUUGCAUGCAGCACCGCGACGACCUUGGCAACGGCACCCGGCGAGAGAAGACGCUCUUCAUACAAGAGGUUAGGAAGAGACCUCGAAGGCAACCUCCAACUGACAGAGGUAUUGGGAAUCGGAGCGUACGGUGUCGUCCACUUGGCCGUUGAUGUCAGGUGCGGCGUGCGUUGCGCUGUCAAGCACGUCAGCAAGUCCAGCGCCGAAGGGGAGCCCUUGCAGGAUCGACAAAUCGCCUGGCACCGACGCGAAGUCCAACUACAUGCCUUGGCAUCCGCACAUCCCAACAUCGUGCCGCUGGUCAAGGUCCUCGACGAUACUGACUGCUUCUACAUGUUGUUGGAGUAUUGUCCUGAAGGUGACCUGUUCCAGAACGUGACCGAGUUGGGCAGGUUUGUCAGCAAUGACGAGCUUUGCAAGAAGAUCUUCAUCCAAUUACUGGACGCCGUGGAGAAUUGCCAUACGCUCGGGUUCUAUCAUCGAGACCUCAAGCCAGAGAAUAUUCUGGUGACGUACCAUGGAAAUAGUCUGAAGCUUGCAGACUUUGGUCUUGCUACGUCUGAUAACCGAUCCGAGGAUCAUGGAUGCGGUUCCACCUUCUACAUGAGUCUAGGUAUUAUUUGUUCAUACGUGACGCCAUAUUAUAUGUGUGGACCCCACGAUAUGUGGUCACUUGGCGUCGUCCUAAUUAACUUGACAUGUGGACGGAACCCAUGGAAGCAAGCUUCCUUCGACGACCCGGCAUACCGCAUGUUUGCCCAGUCUCGGCACUACCUGCGGACAGUCCUCCCUUAA